GUUGUGCAGCAGCCAUUUUGUCUGUUCAUGCAAGUCCACCCCUCACGUUCAAGAACUGCGUUCCCACUUCGAAAUUACCCGAAAUAUUGUAUUUAUAUCGCUUUAUUUAUACUAUGUAGUACUUUAAAACGGAUUUAAAAAAUCCGUUUAAUAUUAAAAGUUCGAAGAGGAUAUUUUUUUUUCGAAAUAAAUAUCGUAAUUUGUGUUGUGCGCACGGAUAAUUAAGGUUAUGUCGUGCGAGGAAAGCUACUUAGCCAUCAGACGUUAUCUGUCCGACGAGCGGGAGCCGUACGCACCGGGGACACAUGGCAAUACUAAAAGAAAGAUACGUAAAGCAGCCGCUUGCUAUGUCGUGCGGAAUGGCACACUGUACUACCAGAGAAGGCAGAAGGGCCUGGAUGAAUUCACCGAGUUGGAAGUGGUGUUGCAGGCGGGACGGAGGAAGGAACUGAUCGACGAGUCACACAUUGUGGCCGGAGGAGAGCACCUCAACCAGCAUCACACAUGGGAAUCAAUUUCUCAGAAGUAUUGGUGGAGAGGUAUCCUGAAGCAGGUGAAGGACUACAUGAGACAAUGCAGUCGGUGUCAGAACAGACAGGACCGGAGGGGGCUAUCGGAGGACGAUACCGGACCCAGGCUGGUUGGCCGACCAGGGAGACGCAGGAGGGUCACAACCCCAGCCAGCGAGGAAGAGGAGGAGGAGGAGGAGGGAGACGACGAGAUGGACUUUGUGACUUCCGUCCAUCACAAGACCCGGAGCCCCAAAACAGCCAAACACGAACUGGUCUUUGUGGACAGUAAAGGAGUGGUGAAGCAGUACCUUCCCAGACACGGUCAGACGAUGCUGGACAAGCUGAACCAGCAGCGCCUCAACAACCAGUUCUGUGACAUCACGCUGCUGAUCGAGGGGGAGGAGCACAGGGCCCACAAGGCUGUGCUGGCCGCCUGCAGCGACUACUUUAAUGAGCUGUUUAUAGAGAAGGGAGCUGUGUCCAGUCACGAAGCGGUGGUCGACCUCUCAGGUUUCAGUAAGGUCAGUUUCCUCCCCCUGCUCGAGUUUGCAUACACCUCCAACCUCUGCUUCAACUUCUGUGUGAUGGCCGACGUUGCCACGCUGGCCAGACACCUUCUGAUGGCCGAGGUCCUUCAGAUCUGUGAGUCCGUCCACAAGCAGGUGGAGGAGCAGAAGCUGAUGGUCUACCAGCAAGGAGACAUCCACACGGUGCUGUCCAGCCAGCCUGCACCCCAACAGGCCCCGAAUGAAGACCCUGGGGCCUACAUUAUGACCAUCGGCAGUGACGGCCAUGCCGUGGUGACUCAUACGGGGCUAGCUGGAGCAGGGGAGGACCUGGACUCCCUGUCUGUCAUGGCAAACACAGCAGAGUCCUUCAGAGGGGAUCUGACAUCUGUAGUCAACCAGGCUCUGGGAGGUGAACCAGGGGAGACUAUGACCGUGGUUGGGGAGGCAGGGUCAGAGACGGUGACUCUAGUCACCCACAGUAGCCAGGCCCGGGUAGGCGAGUCGGUCACCCUCUUCUCCCCUACUGGAGAGACAGAGACCAUGACAGUGGUGACCCACAGCGGCCAAGCCGGAGCCAGUGAGUCCCUUGCCGUGGUGUCAGCCUGUCUGGCCCUGGAGCAGCAGCCGCAAGACGGGGAAGAGGGAGAGGGGGCCUCCCCCUCCAUGGAGCCAGGGGCCCCCCCCUCCAUGGAGCCAGGGGCCUCUCCCUCCAUGGAGCCAGGGGCCUCCCCCUCCAUGGAGCCAGGGGCCUCCCCCUCCAUGGAGCCAGGGGCCUUCCUCAUCAGUGUGGACCCAGGGAAUGUUGCCCCUACAGAGAUGGUCCAUCUGGCUGUAGUGACACUAACACCACAGGAGAAUGCGUCAACAACAUCAUCAUCAGCGUCCCAGAAGGCAGAGUCAGCCCCCAAGCCUCCCCCUGCUCCACAACUCCCCAAGAGGAAGAGAGGGCGUCCUGCCAAAGUCAAGCAGGAGGUUGUGGAGGAAGUGCCAGAGCCAGUUUCUCCCCCUGCAGAGAUCCAUGAAGAUAUGCAGGGGACCCAUGACCCCUAUAAGAGACGCCUUCGGCAGCGUUCCGUGGGGGAGGGAGGGUACGUCAGACUACACAUGGGGCUGGAGAAGGACCCAGCACCCCCACAGCUCCCCAACACCCCCAAGAAGAGAGGCGGAGGCGCCAAGAGACCAGUUAAAGUGAUCGAGGCCACAGCGGCACCGGUCGGGAUGGAGACUGUUGUCCAGACGGUCAUGGAGGAGAUCCUGUCAGUGGAGGACGUGGCAGACGGAGCUGAGCCUAUCACAGAGCACGCCGUGGGGGAGUGGCCAGAGCAUGGCCCCGCCCAUCCAGAUGGAGGGAGUGAGGUGGAGGGAGAACACGUCUGUUCAGAGUGUGGACUGUCGUUUCAACGACGCUACGCUCUCAUCAUGCACACGCUCAAACACGAGAAGACCAGGCGAUUCAAGUGUAGUUUAUGUAACAAGGAGUUCCAGUACGCGGCCUCUCUGAGGGCCCAUCUGACCAGACACAAGCACCAGAAGAGUCAGAGGCCGCCCCUGGUCAGGGUCCCCCAGCCCCACGGCGAGGAGGGCCUCGAGGGGGACGGCAGGACCAAGGGACGCACCAAGAGAGAGUUUGUCUGUGACAUCUGUGGAAAGACUCUUCCUAAGCUGUACUCUCUGAGGAUUCACAUGCUCAACCACACUGGGGUGCGGCCCCACUCCUGCAGGGUCUGUGGGAAGACCUUCGCUCAUAAGCACAGCCUGAAGAUGCACAGAGCUCUACAUGACGCUGUUAAACAGUUCCACUGUCUGCUCUGUGACAAGUCCUUCGCUAGUAAGAGAAGUCUGGAGGAACACACCAGUAUUCACACAGGUGAAUCUAAGUAUCUCUGUACCCAGUGUGGAAGGUCGUUCCACCGAGCCUCUGGUCUGAGUAAACACUUAAAGAGGCACCAGCCCAGACCUGACGUACGAGGGUUCCCCUGUAGUCACUGUGAUAGAAGUUUCUUUGAGGCCAAAGACCUGCAGCAGCACAUGAACAAACACCUGAGACUCAAGCCCUUCCAGUGUCAGAUCUGUGGGAAGUCGUACAGCUGGAAGAAGGACUGGUACUCCCAUGUCAAGUCCCACAGCGUGGCAGAGCCUUACAGGUGUAACGUCUGCGGUAAGGAGUUCUUUGAGAAGGCACUGUUCCGGAGACACGUGAAGAAGGCCACGCACGGCAAGAAGGGCCGAGUCAAGCAGAACCUAGAGAGAGAGUGUGAACACUGUGGCAGGAAGUUCACCCAGCUCAGAGAGUACAGACGACACAUGAACAACCACCAGGGAGUCAAACCCUUUGAGUGUCUGACGUGUGGCGUAGCCUGGGCCGACGCCCGCUCUCUGAAGAGACACGUGCGCACCCACACCGGCGAGCGCCCUUACGUGUGCCCCGAGUGCCAGGAAGCCCACAUCGAUGCCCGCUCCCUACGGAAGCACAUGACCAAGUACCACGGCGACCUCCUGCCUGGUAAGAUCAUGCUGGAGAAAGAUACGCUACAGUUUCACAACCAGGGUACUCAGGUGGAACACGCCAUCUCCAUCCUGGAGUCUGAUCUCCCCCCCGAGCUCCGGCCCGUCCAGGCGCCGCCGGCCGAGGAGAUCGAGACGGUGCUGAUCACGGAGGAGACGGUGGAGGCGGUUCAGGCCGUUCAGGGUGACGGGGUCGCGACCUUGUCAGACCAGAGUAUCAUGCAGGUGGUGAACUAUGUGCUGUCCCAGCAAAGUGUGCUGCCUGGGGGGGUGAAGAUGGAGGGAGAUGAAGGGCAGGAGGUUAUUCAGACCAUGGAGCAGCAGGAGGUUAUGCAGACCAUGGAGCAGCAGGAGGUUAUUCAGACCAUGGAGCAGCAGGAGGUUAUUCAGACCAUGGAGCAGCAGGAGGUUAUUCAGACCAUGGAGCAGCAGGAGGUUAUUCAGACCAUGGAGCAGCAGGAGGUUAUUCAGACCAUGGAGCAGCAGGAGGUUAUUCAGACCAUGGAGCAGCAGGAGGGAGAUGGAGGGCAGGAGGUUAUUCAGACCAUGGAGCAGCAGGAGGUUAUUCAGACCAUGGAGCAGCAGGAGGUUAUGCAGACCAUGGAGCAGCAGGAGGUUAUGCAGACCGUGGAGCAGCAGGAGGGAGAUGGAGGGCAGGAGGUUAUUCAGACCAUGGAGCAGCAGGAGGUUAUUCAGACCAUGGAGCAGCAGGAGGUUAUUCACACCAUGGAGCAGCAGGAGGUUAUGCAGACCGUGGAGCAGGAGAAGCUUUGAUCAUUUGAAUCAGCUGUGUUGUGCUAGGCCAAAAGAUAAACCCCCCCCUUUGGCACUUUGGUAACGGCCAUUUCCUGCAAUCUGGAGCAACAAAAAAGGCCUUGAAUGAUAAAUAAAGUUUAAAAAAAGAACUUGUUUUCUUUAUUUUAAUUUAAUUUUACGUAGUGGCGCUGCUAGUCCACAAGGUGGCACUGCGCCCCCUCUUCCAUUCUUUGAGGAGAACCCUUUCGUGUCCCUGAAUCAGCUGGUCAGGUCCGGUGACUAGGUCUAUGUGGUUACUCUAUCCUCUGUAGAGUACAUUACUGUCGACCAGGGGCCCAUAGGGCUCUGAGUGGGCCGCUAUGUAAGGUGGGGGGGGGGUAAGGGGCCAUUUGAGAGGCACCCUUGGAAUGCUAAUCGUAAGAGAAGGGAGUGGUAGACCUGCGUCCUCCAGAGUGCGUCCUCGACAGAGUGCGUCCUCGACAGAGAGUCCUCGACAGAGUGCGUCCUCGACAGAGUGCGUCCUCGACAGAGUGCGUCCUCGACAGAGUGCGUCCUCGACAGAGAUGGGACUGUGUGGAGUAACAGGGCACCUGGGGUUCAGUAGAACACAAAGGAAAGUCAUGCGUUUUGUUAUUGGGCAGAUUGAGGUCCUGCCUGGCUGUUUUUCGUCCUGUUGACCAAGACCCUGCUCCUCCUCAACCCAGGAACCAUCCUUCUCUCUACAGUGGGACAGGAAGUACCAAGUCGACUUUUAUUUUGAUUAUGUACAUUGAAUGAACUGAGGUUUUUGACUUUUCUGUUCGAUCUUGUGUGUAAAUGUGUAAAUAACGACAAUCAUUAAAAUAUUCUGAAUUAAUAA